GAGAGUGUUAUUGAGGAACGAACCGGAGAAGAGCAGAUGGAACUACUUCACUCCUUACCGUCUUUACUCAACGUUUACAGUCUAUCCGGUUUUGCUUUAUAAACUUCCGGCGUGUUCACCGGUGAUUCUGUGGAUUUAUAUCAGUUAUGUGGGAGUUAUGGGACGCGCUGCGUUGCAGGAAAGAAAAGAGCCUUUAAAUCUCAUCGUCCGCUGUUUUUCUCUCCGCCGCGCUCGGUAACCCGAUACUCCGACUCGCACUGUUACAUACCGAUACCGAUCUGUUUGGCUGGAUUUUUCUGUACCGACUGGGAUCUUCAGCAUCAUUCUGAGGGAGAAAAUGGAAGCUGUUAUGGAGAAAGAGUGUAGUGCUCUGGGAGGGCUCUUUCAGGCCAUUAUUAAUGACAUGAAGAGCAGUUACCCUGUCUGGGAAGACUUCAUCAGUAAAGCGGGAAAACUGCAGGCUCAGAUAAGGACGACGGUAAUGGCUGUGGCCGCCUUCCUGGAUGCCUUUCAGAAAGUAGCCGAUUUGGCCACAGGGACACGAGGAGGCACCAGAGACAUCGGCUCAGCUUUGACCAGGAUGUGUAUGAGGCACAGGAGCAUCGAGGCUAAGCUGAAGCAGUUCUCAACGACAUUUACUGACUGCCUCAUCAACCCUCUUCAGGAGCAGCUGGAGGAGUGGAAGAGAGGAGCUAACACACUGGAUAAGGACCAUGCCAAAGAGUAUAAAAAAGCUCGGCAGGAGAUUAAAAAGAAAUCCUCAGACACCCUGAAACUUCAAAAGAAAGCCAAAAAAGCAGAUGCACUAGGGAGAGGGGACAUUCAGCCUCAGCUGGACAGUGCCGUCCAGGAUGUGACAGACAAAUACUUUAUGCUGGAGGAGACGGAGAAGCAGGCAGUGAGGAAGGCGCUGAUCGAGGAGCGAGCUCGCUUUUGCAUCUUUGUCUCUAUGAUCCGGCCCGUUGUGGAUGAGGAGAUGGCCAUGCUGGGUGAGAUCGUCCAUCUUCAGACCAUUGCCGAGGACCUCAAAGCUUUGACUAUGGACCCCCACAAACUGCCCCCUUCCAGCGAGCAGAUCAUCCACGACCUAAAGGGUUCAGAUUACAGCUGGUCCUACCAAACACCUCCGUCAUCUCCAAGCACCACCAUGUCCCGGAAGUCCAGCAUGUGCAGCAGUCUGAACAGUGUGAACAGCAGCGACUCACGCUCCAGCGGUUCACUGUCUCAUUCGUCCUCCCCGCUCUAUCGCUACCACAGCAUCACCGUGCCGCAGCAGGUCCCAGCCCGCCUCGCCAGUGUCUCCUCACACGACUCGGGCUUUGCCUCGCAUGAUGCGUUCCAGUCCAAGUCACCUUCUCCUAUGCCCUCUGAGCCCGUCACUCAGCUGCCUUCCAGCUCUGCUUCGUCGGAUUCCUCUGAAUCAGCUCAGUCGGUCAGCGAGUGCAGCUCUUCCACUGAAAAGCUGUCAAACGGCUACGACCACUACGGCCCUGCAGAGGCCCCGUACCUUUCUGGAGUGGUCUUCCCCUUUCCUCCAAAUACCUCCUCCCCCUCCUCUUCCCCUUCAUACUCUUCCUCCACUCUGAGGUCGUGGUCGAGGCCAGGCUCAGCACUGAUACCUGAUUACCCCCAUUACUCCACGCUGACCCCUGGCAUGCUCCCCCCAUCCUCCAAGAUCCCCAGCUGGAAGGACUGGGCUAAACCAGGCCCAUAUGAUCAGCCUAUGGUGAACACACUGAGGAAGAAAAAGGAGCCAAAGGAGGCGCUGGAUUCAAACGGCUCAUACCAGCCGACCUUAAACCCCACCCAGCCGGAGGACAAUCAGUUAACCAGGAGCAUCUCUAAUACACCACAUGUCAGUCAUGAGGUGCAGGUUCAGCAGGAUUUGGCUUUGGCUCUGUCUUGUGGUCUGCAGUUGGAUGCUCAGCGCUCCAGCAGAGACUCACUCCAAUGUUCCAGUGGAUACAGCACUCAGAGUACCACACCCUGCUGCUCUGAGGACACCAUCCCCUCUCAGGUGUCCGAUUACGAUUAUUUCUCCGAGCAGCCGGACUUUGAUAAAUCCUCCACUGUCCCACGGAACAGCGACCUCGGCCAGAGUUACCGCAAACUGUUCCAGACCAAACGUCCCGCUUCCACCGCAGGAAUCCCCUCGGUCCCUGCAGUCCCGGGCGUGGCCACCAUCCGCCGCACCCCUUCCACCAAACCCUCUGUGCGCCGGGGCACUGGCCCUGUCCCCAUCCAAACCCCCGUCAUCCCUGUCAUGACCCCCACCGUACCCGACUUCAUGGGAGUUGAACCUAAUGAAGAAGUGGAGCCAAGCGAUGACAUGGAGCCGGAAUCCGUACUGCCGGUGGAGUCGUGGAGCGGUCAAGCGUCCACUAACCCCCCACCCCUGUCUGCUGCCUACGAAGGGCAUGAGGGUGCUGUGGAAGAGGAAGACACCAUGCUACAGUCCAUUAGAAGAGGAGUCCGACUGAAGAAAACCACCACCAACGACCGCUCAGCACCACGCAUCCCAUAAUAUAAGUCCAGGUAUAGGAAUGCUUGUGUGGCAACAGAGGAGUGGAGAGCACACUACAUUUACACUUGGCUAAUAAAGAAGAGACCAGCGCUCCUGUCAUUAAUUUAUUUUUCUUUCAAAACAUUCUUUGGUGCCCUAUUUUCUGGACUAUAAGCACACUGAAAUUCCACAUAAAAAAAAUAUAUAUAUUUACCACCUCAGUAUAUAAGUCACUCUAAUGUAGCAGCACGUUCUACUUCCAGUUAUGUGCUUGAGUACCCCCUACAGGGAUAGCGCAGUUUAGUGUUUGCCCUGUUAGUGUUGCCAUAGUAACCGUCUUUACCGAAGCCUAAUAAUCCAACGAUGUCUAACACUAAACUGGUCUUAUUCAGUUUAUCACUCCACAAAGCUUUAUGUUUGUAACGAUAAUCGAGUUAACGUAUUAAUUCACUUUAGAGGACAGCAAAGAAAAAUGCUAACUUUUAGUUUCAAUUGACGAAAAAGACGUCAAAAACUAAAUUGCAUGCAGCUACGUGAUGAUUAUGAUGUUAUGAUUGAUACUCCAGUUUCAAAUAAUUACUAAUUGAAAAGAGAUACAUUUGUUUAUGAUGUUAGCAUGUAGUUUCUUUCUGGUGUCUUGUUUUCAUCCCGCAGUAACACAGUUACAUAAACUGAGUUAAUAUGUACAAUCGGUAUCAAACGUAUAAAAUAUAUAUAUGACGUGUUGUCAUUCAUCGGAAAUUUUAGUUAGAUGGCUGUGGUUAAGCUAGUUACUGUGUACGAGCUUUCAUGUUGUGUUAUGUUAGACAAAUAAAUGUAACCAAACAACGAUUUUCUACUAGUUUACUACUUGCGCAAUAAACACUAACAACGUACAAAACGAGUGAUUAAUGUAUGAUUUUAAACAAUCUCUACAUGAGCGGCUGCCUACUGAGGGACCUGGCUUCUGAUUGAAACACAGCAAUUGCAUGUGUGUAGAAAACAGCGUUUUCUUACUCGAGAAAUUCUGCAUUAUUUGAUUUAAAAAGCUAAAAGUGAUGCUGCUAUAACUAGGCUAAUAGCUAAUCUGCGAUCAUAAGGACAGAAAUUAAUGAAGUAUUAGGUUUUGCAACACUAAUGUGUCUUACAGUUCAGAAAAUACAGUUUAUUCCUUUUUUUUUAUUAUUAUUAUUAUUGUUUUGUGUAUUGCUUGUAUCACUGCAUCGCUCAUCGCUUUAUAGGACGUGAACUGAUGUCCGGUUUAAUUCUUCAAAACAAUGAUCUGUGGAUAGAGUAAGUAUUUGUCAUGAUGACAGAAAAGGUUUAGUUUAUAAAGUGUUAUAAAGUUGUUGUUUAUUUGUGUUUUUUUAUUUUACCUUUUUCUCUACAUAUAAUACAACAUUUUGAACAUAUUCUCAUUAACCAUAUAAUAAUCUACAAUACUAACAGUAUGUUUUUUAUGUUUUUUAUUAAUAAAAUUAUUGUGCUAAAAAUAAUCUAAACUCAACCGCUAUUAGCAAAAAAAUUAUGUUUGUAUAAAAAAAUUACAAAGUAAUUGUAAAUAGUGACGGGGCCGAACAGCGACUUUUAAUUUAUUCAUCCGCUUGGUAAAGUAGAUCCCGUACUUUUCUCUGUGAAAUAUUGUAUAAUAUGUUAAUACACUAUGAGGUAAAACAUGUAGAAAAGCACACACACACACACACACACACACACACACACACACACACACACACACACACAUGUCCAGGUUCAUUUCAUAUAGUUUUAUUUUGUUUAAAAAAGCAAACACAAGUGAAGUUUUGUCAUCUUUAACUUACAGAAUUCAUUACAUAUUAUUUUAUUUCAAUUUUGGUGCUGUUUUUUUUUUUCUCUCUCUACUACUACUUACUGUUAUAUUUGUGUGCGGAUUAAAUAAAUCACAAUUCUCUUCUCUCUUCAUCACAACACUGAGUAAAAUAAAGCAUUGUGUUUGGAUUUGUUUAGUUUAAACUGUACAUGUGUGUCGGAUUAAUAAGUGGCUAGCUUGCUAGGUGGCCAUCUUGCUUACUAGCUAGCAGGCUAAAGUACCAGAUUUGUCAGCUGGUGACAGAAAAGCUCGUUUGAAAGCUGAAAUGAAAAUGUUGUUAUAUUUUUUUGACAUAUUAAAUACUUUAUUCCUUCA